UCGAUAUUGAAAACUUCUUGAUAAUUUGAUUAAAAGUUGUCUACAAUAAGUGUAGCUUUGAAAAAUAAAGGAUGAAUUCCGAAAUGAGCAGCAGCAUGCACUCGGGUAGACCCGAGAGUGAGUUCAGCAUAGAGUGCUUUCAAAAUUAUACAGCUUCUGAGGUUUUUGUUCAAGGUUUAGCUGGCUUGGUAAACCAAACUGAUGUCGAGAUUGUCAUUAGAGCACAGAAGCAAAUGUUGCAAAGAUUUGAAAAAACUAAUGAAAUGCUUCUCAAUUGCAAUGCCCUUAGCCAGAGCCGACUUAAAAUUGCAGCUGAGGAUUUUAAGAAGCAUACUAAAUUGCUGAAUGACAUGAAGAAGGACCUGGACUAUAUUUUUAAAAAGAUCAGAAACAUAAAGUCUAAACUAGGAGCACAGUAUCCUCAAGCUUUUGCCGAAGCUGAUGCUAAAAACAAAACCGUAAGUUUUGAUGAAGAAGAAGAAAUUGAUACGGCUAGCCGGGCGGAAACACUUGACGAGUGCAGCAAUGGUCGAUCACAAACCGCUACUCCAGUCAAAGGGGCUGUGGAUGAUGCAAAGAAGCAGUUGCAAAAGGAUACCAGCUCCUUGAAAGAAAAGAAAAAAUCCUCUUCGAGCCAGGGAGAAGCGACCACCGUCAGCUACAUGAAAAUGGAACAGAGCCCGGAAAAUCGGAAGUCCGGCAAAACUACACCGAUCGAUCCUAAGAGGAGCUCUUUGCUGUCGACCAACAGUAGCUCUACCGAUAAUUCGAAUGAUUCUUCGGAAUGUACUUCGGAUACUGGUUAAAGAGAAUAUAAUUAGCUCUUCUCUUCAGUGUAUUGCAAGAUAGUUUUUUGUUAUAUAUUUAAUAUAUGUAUGUGAUACAAUUCUUUAGUAAAGUAAUUUAUCGUAGGUAAAAUUAAGU